AUGCCACUAUCGUCCACUGAACGGUUUCGAAUAUUUAAAGCCAAAUUAAAACUCGACAAAAAUAAAUCUGCACUACAAAAAUUUCGAGAAAAAGAUGCUGCUUAUCAUCGAAAAAGUCGUCGAAUAGUUAAACAAGAUCCUGUAAAAAUGGAACAAAUUCCCCUUAAACAUGGUAUUAUUCCAAAUUCUGUAGAACAAACAACACUAAAUUCUGUAGUACAGACAACACCAAAUUCUGUAGCACAAACAACAUCAAAUUCUGCAGCACAGACAACACCAAAUUCUGUAGUACAAACAAAAUCAAAUUCUGUAGUUAAAACAAAAUCAAAUCCUGUUGUACAAGCAAAAUCAAAUUCGAUUUCUGAUCUUACAAAAAAUAAUGUUAUUCAAUUUUAUGAAUUAAAUGAAAUUAGCAAUGUUGCUCCUGGAAAGAAGGAUGUAAUGGUCAUCCAAUCAUAUGAUGGCUCAAAAGUUAAAGUGCAAAAACGACAUCUUGUUAUGACAGUCAGAGAAGUUUAUGAACAAUUCAAAAUUUCUUAUCCAAAUGAAAAAAUUGGUUCAACAUCCUUCAGUUUACUUCGUCCAAAGCAUAUUUUACCCAUAUGUGACAUUCCACAAAAUGUUUGCCUUUGCAAGUACCACGCAAAUGUUGAUUUAUUAUUGUCAUCAUUAAAUCCAAUAUUGAAUACACCAAGAACCACAUCACUUUUUCGUGAAGCGCUGGUUUGCAAUAGUGAAGAUGAAGAAUGCAUGUCAUCAAAAUGCAAUAAUUGUGGUAAUUUAAAAAAUUUUGAUAAAUUGUUCGAAUGCGAUGAUGAAACACGUAAAAAAGAUUUAACUUAUUUUCAAUGGAAGACAAAUGAUUCGAAAAUAUUAAAAAUGGAACAAUUUGGUACUGUUCAAAAUGCCAUUAAUGAAUUAAAAAAUCAAACUUAUAAUUUUUUAAUCCAUAGCUUUAUUACUCAUGUUCAAUAUGCACAUUUUGAAGAAUGCAAAAACAAUGCAACACGAUCAUCAAUUGUAUUACAAAUCGAUUUUUCCGAAAAUUAUCGUACAGCCUAUCAAAAUGAAAUUCAAAAUGCUUUUUUUAAUUAUAAUCAAGUUAGUUUAUUUAAUGCAGUGGUGUGGCCUGGACGUAAUUCUGAAGUUUUAAAUUAUACAUUAGUAUCGGAUGAUGUAUCUCAUGAUAAGUACUCAAUUCAUGUUUGCUUAAGUGAGAUCUUCACAGAUCUUAAAAAAAGAUUUUCUUCAUUGAAAACUGUAAACAUCUUUUCUGAUGGUGCAUCAUCACAGUUUAAGCAAAGAUAUUCAUUUGCAAAUUUAACAUUUCUAUCAAAUGAUUAUAAUAUUGAUUUAACCCUAGUACUACCAGCCUGGGUCAUUUUUGACCCGUACUCAAAAAUUUGAAAAUGCACCAGCGAUUUUUUUUUAUCUCAUAGUUUCCGGAAGCAACUAGUAUUUCUUAUGAAUUGAUAUAUAUUGCUGCUAUAAAUUCUCUGACCACACAGAAGUCGAAAACCCUCCAUGAAAUCGAAAUAAAAGAUAUCCACGUCGAGUAUUCGUAGAAGAAUUAAAACUAACAAGGGAACUUUCCCAACUGAUUCUAAGCUUUCGGUUUCAUCUUUUGGUU